AUUGAUUUUUUCAUACGUCGAUUGUAGGCGUGUGCAGUGGCUGGGCUGAGUGGAAAAUUAAGGUAUAAGUAUUCGAUAUGGAUAAAUACGUCAAUAAUUUUAAAUCGACAGCUGACUUAACAAGUAACCCAGGCUUUCAAUCAACUUUGAGUAUAUCUUCGAUUAACGAGAAAAAUGAAAAGCCUUACAACCCAUUCGAUCAUCGAAAUCUUCAACAUCCUAAUUCCACGAUCGGGUCGAUCCUUCAUUUGCUGAAGGGUUGCAUAGGUUCCGGCCUUCUGGCGAUGCCGGCAGCCUUCAGAAACACAGGACUGGCCUUUGGGACUAUAUGCACUUUGUUUGCUGGGUAUCUUUGUACACACACGAUAGCUAUACUGGUCAGAACAUCGCAACAGGUUUGCGUGGACGCCAAAAAGCCGUCGAUGAGUUUUUCCGAAACGUGUGGAGCGGCUUUCACAUAUGGACCUAAGAGAUUGCAGUCGUGGGGCAACUUCGUGAAAGGAGUAGUGGACUAUUCAUUGCUACUAGCUUAUUCUAGUACUUUAUGUGUUUAUGUGGUUUUCAUCUCUUCGUCUUUUAAAGAGGUAUUAGAUGUACUUCAACCGGAGUGGAAUCUAUCCAUCCAAAUGUACUGCAUCAUAAUCAGCAUACCUCUAGUGCUCAUAUGUCAGAUCAGGAACCUCAAGUACUUGGUGCCAUUCUCGGCUGUGGCCAACGUGAUGGUUGUCAUAGUGUUUGCCAUCACCAUGUAUUACAUGUUCACUGAUUUGCCUCCAGUGAGUGACAGAGUGAUGGUAGCUAAUCCUUCAACGUGGCCACUCUUCUUCAGCACCGUAGUAUUCGCCAUGGAGGGUAUCGGCGUCGUCAUGCCCGUAGAGAACGAGAUGAAGAAGCCACAACACUUCCUGCGAUGUCCCAGCGUUCUAUACAUUACCAUGAUCGCUGUCACCUUUCUCUUCACUGUCUUCGGAUUCUUCGGAUAUUUGCAAUUUGGGGAGGAAGUUAAAGGCAGUGUGACGCUCAAUUUACCUGAUGACGAGUUAUUGGCGCAAAUAACAAAGCUGUUAAUGGCAAUGGUGAUAUACUUCACGUAUCCUCUCCAAUGCUAUGUGGCCCUGGAGAUGAUUGUGAGGAAGCUCAAGAAGUGCGAAUCGAAGUUUGAAAACCUCAUCCAAAUUAGCAUCAGAACUUUCUUAGUUUUACUAUCAGUGGCAGUAGCAGCAGCCUUCCCGAACCUGGAGUUAGUCAUCAGCUUCGUCGGCGCCAUCUUCUUUUCCACCCUGGGCUUUCUCUUCCCGGCCAUCGUCGAAACCGUCUAUCGUUGGGACAGAGACAGAGGCCCUUUCAACUACAUUGUCUACAAGAACUUAAUCAUUGGGAGUUUCUCUCUGUUUAUAUUAUUCUCUGGAGCCUAUACGUCAGCCGUUCGUAUUAUUGAUGAGUUUUUUGUUAAACAUCCAGUUGAGAAUGACAAUGUAACUUUUGCUUCAAUUGAGAAUGUGUUAAUAUAAUUUGCAUGUUAUAUUAGGUAUACCAAAUAAUUUAUUUUUCAUCACACCCGCACUUUAAAUGUGUUAUUGCACGCAGGCGGAGCGUGAGUUCUAGAAAAAUCGUUCUAAAUAAUGAAAUUUCUUG